AUGUCGAUGACCCCAAUUUUAAUUGUUGAGAUUUUUCAUGUUUGGGACAUUGACUUUAUGGGUUCCUUCCCACCAUCAUUUGACUUUGAAUAUAUAUUGGUGGCUAUGGACUAUAUCUCCAAGUGGGUGAAGGAAGUGGCAACCAAAACAAAUAACCACAAGGUUGUGGUUAAAUUCCUCCAUGAGACCAUUUUUUGCCGUUUUGUGUUCCCGCGUGCCAUAAUUAGUGACGAUGGCAAACAUUUUUGCAACCUAUUCUUUGAGGCAUUGGUGCGCAAAUAUAUUAUCACUCACAAAAUUGGCACUCCCUACCAUCCCCAGACUAGUGGUCAAGUAGAGGUUUCUAAUAGGGAGGUUAAACACAUCCUCAAGAAAACUGUGAGGCCCAAUAGGAAAUAUUGGUCCACUACGUUGGUAAAUGCACUUUGGGCCUAUCGCACUACAUAUAAGACACCCAUCGGGAUGUCUUCAUAUAGGAUUGUGUUUGGAAAAUCGUGCCAUCUCCCUGUUGAGUUAGAACAUCGGGCUUUGUGGGCCAUUAGGAAGUUUAAUUUUGAUAUGGCCAAAGCUGGUGACCACCGGAAACUCCAACUUAAUGACUUAGAGGAGCUCCGCAACGAUGCAUAUGAGAGCUCCAAAAUUUACAAGGCUAGGACUAAGGCAUUUCAUGAUAAACACAUUUCUGGUAAGUCCUUUGAGCCUUGCCAAAAAGUGUGGUUGUUCAAUGCCAAAUUGCGGUUGUUCCUGGGUAAACUCCAGUCUCGAUGGGAUGGCCCAUAUGAGGUUAUAGAAGUCUUUCCACAAGAUGGUACGACCUUCAAGGUCAAUGACCAAAGAUUGAAACACUAUGUGGAUGGUAUUGAAAAAGGGGAGAUGAUUGAGGUUGUCCAUUUGACGGACCCAAUAUAUCUUCCAUAG